AGACUGGAUUUUUUUUUUCUUUUUUUUUUUUUUAUUAAUCUCAUUCAAAUCACUGGUAUUUCACUUAGUUGUAGCUGGGAAACUCCUUUGGUCUCCAACUCGAGUCCACGCCACUCCUCCUCCUCCUCCUGACCUCACAGCAGAUGGGCAGAUCCAGAAAAAAUCACAGGGGGGCUGAACCUCCUCACAAGUGCGUGCGAGCGCGCAGCUCAAGGACGCGAGCCGGAGCACUUCAUCCUGCAAACGUGUGCGUGCACGAGCCUGGACCACAACCGUUACCAUCAUCUCCAGCAUCCCUCUUCCCCUCCUGCCUGUGAUGAAGUGAAUCAGCCGGCUGUAUCAGCUGAGUUACUGAGUUAGAGUCUUGUAAAGUGUUGGAGUGAACAGGUGCGCAGAGCCGGCGGUGCGUCUUUACGCGCAGAUCACUGACAGACAGAGAGACAGACAGACACACAGAGAGAGAGGAAGAUGCGCGCAGAGAUGAGCAGGACAGCAGGCGAGGAGGAGUUUGGAGAUGGGUGCCAGUAACUGAACCCUGAAGCCUUCAUUAACACGAUCAUCUGGAGGAGAUCAGACUGUGCUACAAUGAUCCAAACUCAACACCGCACGAGUUAACUGCGCGCGCGCUGGAGGAUGGAGCUGAUCCCAGCCUCUCUCAGCUGAAGCUGCAGGCGGGAUGGAGCGCUCCGGGAUCAGCCCGCGGAGGAUGAGGAGCACCCUGCUCUUCAUCAUGCUCUGGAAGUCCGUGUCCUGUUAUGAGAAGACUCAUUCACAUGCUGAGGAUGAACUCUUCAAAAAGCUUUUCAUUGGUUACAACAAGUGGUCCCGGCCUGUCCCAAACACCUCAGAUGUCGUCAUUGUUAAGUUUGGCUUGUCCAUCGCCCAGCUGAUUGAUGUGGAUGAGAAGAACCAGAUGAUGACGACCAAUGUCUGGCUAAAGCAAGAGUGGAAUGACUAUAAACUAAGAUGGAAGCCUUCUGAUUACGACAAUGUGACGUCCAUCAGGGUGCCAUCAGAGCUCAUCUGGGUGCCAGACAUUGUGUUGUACAACAAUGCCGAUGGGGAGUUUGCCGUGACCCACAUGACCAAAGCCCACCUCUUCUACACAGGGAAAGUGCGCUGGGUUCCUCCAGCCAUCUACAAGAGCUCCUGCAGCAUCGAUGUCACCUUCUUCCCCUUCGACCAGCAGAACUGCAAGAUGAAGUUUGGCUCGUGGACAUACGACAAGGCCAAGAUUGACCUGGAGCGUUUGGAGACAAUGGUGGACCUGAAGGACUACUGGGAGAGUGGUGAGUGGGCCAUCAUCAACGCUGUGGGCACCUACAACACCAAGAAGUACGACUGCUGCCACGAGAUCUACCCGGACAUCACGUACUUCUUCAUCAUCCGGCGUCUUCCUCUAUUCUACACCAUCAACCUCAUCAUCCCCUGCCUGCUGAUCUCCUGCCUGACCGUGCUGGUCUUCUACCUGCCCUCAGACUGUGGCGAGAAGAUCACGCUCUGCAUCUCUGUGCUCCUGUCACUCACUGUCUUCCUCCUGCUCAUCACAGAGAUCAUACCGUCCACUUCACUGGUCAUUCCGCUCAUCGGCGAGUAUCUUCUGUUCACCAUGAUCUUCGUCACUCUCUCCAUCAUCAUCACCGUGUUCGUUCUGAACGUUCACCACCGCUCCCCAGGCACCCACGAGAUGCCCCGCUGGGUACAUGCCGUCUUCCUGGAUCUCAUCCCCCGCUGGCUUUUCAUGCGCAGGCCGGCACCCGACAGCCGCCGCAGGCAGAGGCUGCUGCUUCUGCAACAGGGUCAAAGGUCACGGGCGUCCUGCCUAAGCACCUCAGCCAGCUGGUUCAAGGAGGAUACAAGGACCUGCUGCUACAAUGAACUGGAGCUAGGAACGCUUUCCUCCGCUUUCUCACUCUCCUUCCGUCCUCCCUCUCCCCGGCCCCCUGGAUCUACCCCUCCAACCCUGCAAAAGCAUGGAGCUCCUCCUCGGCAGGAGAUAGGCAUGGCCUGCCUGCCAAACUCCAGGCAUUCAGGUCUUAGAAUAAACCACACGAAUCGGCCCACUGAAGAAGACCAGAGGUCCCCUCUGUCCCCCAGCAUCAUGCAGGCACUGGAGGGGGUUCACUACAUAGCGGACCACUUAAGGGCAGAGGACGCCGACUUCAGCGUUAAGGAGGACUGGAAGUAUGUUGCCAUGGUGAUCGAUCGGAUCUUCCUGUGGAUGUUCAUUAUAGUGUGUCUGCUGGGCACCAUCGGCCUGUUCCUUCCCCCCUGGCUGGCUGGCAUGAUCUAGAGCCUGGCUUCUUACACACUCACACAUGUACGGGCACUGUGGGGACACUUAUCAGCAGAAGCGGUGAAGGGACGCUACAUAUAGAAACACACAGUGCUCAGUGAAUGAAGAACUGUCUGCGGGGAACAGCAGCUGCUGCGCAAAAGCCCAGUCACCAAACCUCUCUCUCUCUGAAUGUAAAACCUUGCAGUGAAUACUGUUUAAUAAAAUUUGGCACCUUAAAAAA